CGUCUGAGGGGGAUGGCGACCGUUGGUAGCUACGUUAGUUUUGGACGUGUCACUGUGGGACAGGAAGUGAUGGACUUCCGGUGGGGGAGGAGCCGGGGCGUGGAGGGCAUUGCUGUGGUGAUAGACUUCCUGCUGGCUAACGCCCGAUUGGUCCUGGGAGUGGGAGGCGCGGUGCUGGGUAUCGCUACGUUGGCCGUCAAGAGGUUGAUAGAACGUGCAGGCCGAGCAGCGGAGGAUGAGAAGGUGGAACAGAAGAUGUCGGAGAGCUGGGAGGAGCUUGGCUUAGUCUCCGCCUCCCCAACCAUUAGGAAGGGGCUGGAGGGUGUGGUCAUGAAACACGUCACCAAGGCAACCAAGCCACAGAAAGCUGACCUUUGCCAGCCCCAGCAGCAGAAGUCUAGUCUGGAUGAGCAGCAGAAGUCUAGUCUGGAUGAGAAGCCUGUCAAAGCAGCAGAGUCCCAGAGACCCAGAGACUACAGCUGUCUCCAGCAGUACUAUUCUACCAGAGCAGCUUUAGCCCCAGAAGAGGUCCACAGAGCCCAGAGUCUAGCUCUAGAUAUCUGUAUAGAGGUACAAGACUUCCUGCACACCACCCACCCUGACAUGCCUCUGGGAGAGAUGUCACUGGGAGGGUCCCUGUUUGACGACCUACAGGUGGUGAGUGCGGACCAUGCAUGCCUGUUGGUUCCCCUCCAGCUAGAAGCCAGUCUGUGGAGACUGAUCCCUGGGGAGGAGACCCUCCUAACACACCCUCUACACUGGAUGGUCCGACGGGUCAACCUGGAGUUCUUCCCUAGAGGACGCAGCUACUGGGACAGGUUCCUAGUGGGAGGGUAUCUAUCGUGCAGGGCGAUGGUGAGCAUGCUCAGUAAGGCUGUCUCUCUCUCCUCCUCUAGGUUCCUAGUGGGAGGGUAUCUAUCGUGCAGGGUGAUGGUGAGCAUGCUCAGUAAGGCUGUCUCUCUCUCCUCCUCUAGGUUCCUAGUGGGAGGGUAUCUAUCGUGCAGGGUGAUGGUUCCUAGUGGGAGGGUAUCCAUCGUGCAGGGCGAUGUAAGGCUGUCUCUCUCCUCCUCUAGGUUCCUAGUGGGAGGGUAUCUAUCGUGCAGGGUGAUGGUGAGCAUGCUCAGUAAGGCUGUCUCUCUCUCCUCCUCUAGGUUCCUAGUGGGAGGGUAUCUAUCGUGCAGGGUGAUGGUGAGCAUGCUCAGUAAGGCUGUCUCUCUCUCCUCCUCUAGGUUCCUAGUGGGAGGGUAUCUAUCGUGCAGGGUGAUGGUGAGCAUGCUCAGUAAGGCUGUGAUGGAAACCAUGAACUGGCCGUCCCUCUCCUCUUCUCUUGACUGUCUGGUCCGGCCUGUCCUCGGGGGGGAUGAACUGAAACUGGAGAUACGACCAGAGCGAGGUGAUUCUCUCUUCAUCUCCAUGGUGCCGGUGCUGAGGGAGGCAGACGUGGUCCUGACUGCCCAGCUAGAGUUAACCCAACCCUGGGACAGCGCCUGGCACCUCUCCCUCUACCCCUGGGAGACCCAGCGCCUGGCCCAGCUUGACUCAGCGGACCAGGGGGUCCGACGUACCCUCCUCAAGACCCUCAAAGCCGUCUGUCGACACUGUCCCGCCCUGCGACCCCUCACCGCCGCGCCGCUGGCCAACCUCAUCCUGCACCUCGGGGACAAGGACCUGGAUUGGUCGGAGGGUUGUCUGAGUGGGCGGUUCCAGCAGUGUGUGUGGGAGCUGAUAGGCUAUCUGGAGCAAGGGGUGUUGCCCAGCUACUUCAAGCCCAGCGCUAACACGUUGAACGGACUGACGGAGGAGGAGAUCGACCGGAUGGGGUUUACGUUGUACUGCGCUGUCUCUGAACCGGAGAUUCUGCUCAUAUAGAAAUAUAUAACCUGGGGUAACACGUCACAGAGGAAGAGGCCCUGUAUGAGG